CACCAACCAAAAUCUAUUUGAUCACGCUUUUGAAGACUCUAUGCCUGAUAUUGACGAAGAGUUAAGUCCUAAUCCUCUGAAGGAGUCCAAUUGGGAUCUGGAAGGUAAACAGAACAACCUUGUCUAUGACAAGGGCUUUGUUAAGGAUAAGAGUUCCUUUAAGCAAGAACUUCUUGAUAUUUUUGAGAAAAAGAAAACUUCAACUAGCAAGGUAGAAAUUUUAAGUAAUAAAAUCCCUUCAAAAUCGAUUAAGCCUUCAAAGAAAAAUCGGAGAGAAGCUCUUAAAAAGCUUUCGAAAUUUUAUAGCCUGAAAACACCUUGCCGUGCUAUCAUGAACAAAGAGCCUAGUUUCCAUUUUGAUGAAGAUUCCAAGAGAAGUGUACACAACAAUGACAAUAGAGAAUGGACAAGGAAGAUUUCUUCUUCUAAAAUCUUAGAAGUUCUGAGUAAACCUAACUAAAAGAGUUAAGGCUAAGGGAAGCAUCUCCCAUCAUUGUUAAAUUCUAUA